AUGGGUCUUCUGGACGACCAACCAAUAGAGGUUUACAGCAGCCAGCACCAGACCUGGGCACCAGAAACCCAAUGGAUGGAAAACAACAUGCCAGCUGAGUACUGGCAAACAGGAAACCUCAAAAUGGAGGCACUGAACAUCACAGUCUUUCAGAUAAUGCAAGGCAACUGUGAGUCUGCUCUGUGUGUUCUCCAAUGGCGGGUGGGGUGUGAAGCAGAGAAGCUGGCAAAUGAGUCACUGAGCUUGCAGAAGCUAGUUGAGGAGUAUUCCCUGAAUGGAGAGCAUGUCCAGGAUACUGAUGGUAUCUGGCAUUCAGAAACACCGGACGUCAAACAUACCUCUCCUCCUGGCCAGAUACUCAAGGGUGCCAGGAACAUCACCAGACACUUCACUGAUUUCCUUCAGAAGGAGUGUGUUGAUCAGGAGAUGAGGAGAUUCAUCAUUUAUAACGACAGAGAACCUUCUGCUCCAAAUGCAACGGUACUUCCACCAAGAAACAUGAGCAGAUCCAGAAUCCUGCUCUCUUGCAUGGCCACUGGAUUCUUCCCCAGAUACAUUAACAUCAGCUUCCAGAAGAAUGGCGUCACAGUUCUAGACGCAGAGGGAACCUUCCAUUCCAGCGGCAGCAGGCCCAAUGGGGAUGGAACGUUCCAGCUGAGGAGAACCCUGGAGAUAGUGGAGUGCUCUGAGUCUCACAACGUGCUCUAUGAGUGUGUGGUGGAACACACAUCUACAAAAUAUCUACAGACCUUUCAAAUCAUUAAGCUGGAUGGGCUUUGUGGAGUCAUUCUGCGAAUCCGAAGUGGAGUCGUCUUGGCUGCUCUCUUCCUACUUAUGCUCUCCCAUGUGUUCUUCAACUGGCUCUUGAAGAGAAGGGCAGUCAGCAAGCAAUGUAAAUCUGUUUAGUGCACAUUGAUUACAUUUAUGUUUUGUACAUUUCGAUUUCGAUUUUACAGUGAUUUAGUAAAGGCUUAUCAACAGCUAGAGAUCUCAGCAAGAUGAUGCAAAUCUGAAGUAAUCUUUGAUCUAUUUCAAAUGUAAGUAAUUUUUCACCAACUGGAUUUGAGCUGAGCUGAAGUACAGCAUGCUAGAACUUCCACAGCAUGCUCACAUUCUUGUAAUAUCAGCAAUCCAAUGCCAACACUGCUUACAUUUGUUUUUUUGCAAUCCCCUUUUUAGUCUUUCCAUUUGCCAUUUAAAUUCUUCCUGAAUUUACUUUAGAUUAUCUCUUCUUUAUGUUCAGGACUUCCUUUUCAUUUCACCACUUGACAUUUUGGUACAACUCAGCUGUUUAUGAAUGUGUUGUAGAAAUAAAUAUGACUUUAGCCAGUUUGGUCCUUUGCAAUAGAGUCUUUGAGAAUUAAUCACCUUGUUCAACAAACUGUUGUGCCCGCAGGACCACCUACUUUUGAACCUUAUACAUACUGUAGUAGUUAGCGAGAUAUUUCACUGGAAACAUCUAGAGAUACAUGAGCACACACACACAAAGAAAAAAAACAUGAACAGGAAAAAGUUAUAGGAAAGAAAACUGGCAAAGUAUGGUAUAGUUGGUCUUUCAAAUAU